AGGAGUUCGAGACCACCCUGGCCAACAUGGCAAAACCCCAUCUCCACAAAAAUUGGAUAAUUUGAUAAUUAUCAUUAUUGGGUUUCUGAGACCUUACACAUUUACCAUUCUCUUCUGCACAAAUUACCUUUGUGUGUCUUUCCUGAAGACUAUCUUCUGGUCUCGAAAUGGACAUGAUGGAUCCACGGAUGUACAGCAGAGAGCCUGGAGGUCCAACCGACGUAGACAGGAAGGUAUGGCUCUCUUGGAGUCCCCAUAGUGUGGAAAUGAGUUUGCCCUGGAAAGGGAAAGAACAGCUUCUUGCCCUCAGGUUUCUCACCUUCUCCUCUCCUCACUCUCACCAAGGGCUGAGGUCCAUUUGUAUGCACACAAAGAAAAGAGUUUCUUCCUUUCCAGGAAAUAAAAUUGGCCUGAAAGACGUCAUUACUCCAUGGAGACAUGUGGAAAGAAAAUUUAGAGCGAAAAUCCAUAAGAGGAAGGUGACAACGAAAAUCAACCAUCAUGACAAAAUCAAUGGAAAGAGGAAGACCGCCAGAAAACAGAAAAUGUUUCAACGUGCGCAAGAGUUGUGGCGGCGGGCAGAGGACUACCACAAAUGCAAAAUCCCCCCUUCUGCAAGAAAGCCUCUUUGCAACUGGGUCAGAAUGGCGGCAGCGGAGCAUCGUCAUUCUUCAGGAUUGCCCCACUGGCCCUACCUCACAGCUGAAACUUUAAAAAACAGGAUGGGCCACCAGCCACCUCCUCCGACUCAACAACGUUCUAUAACGGAUAACUCCCUGAGCCUCAAGACACCUCCCGAAUGUCUCCAUCGUCCCCUUCCACCCUCAGUGGAUGAUAAUCUGAACGAGUGUCUCCUUAUCCCUCUUCCACCCUCUCCUCUUCCAGCCUCAGUGGAUGAUAAUCUCAAGACUCCUCCCUUAGCUACUCAGGAGGCCGAGGCGGAAAAACCACCCAAACCCAAGAGGUGGAGGGUGGAUGAGGUGGAACAAUCACUGAACCCCAAGAGGCGGAGGUUGAGUAAGCUGAGAACACGCCAUUGCACUCAAGCCUGGGCAAUAAGAAUAAAUCCGUGGGUCGAAAAAAAGAAAAAAAUCAAAAAAUAAAACAAAACCCACACUCCAAAAACAAACUAACAAAGAAUAAAUAAACAAUAUAAAAAUAAAAUAAA